UAUUAUAUAUUUAAAUUUUUAACACAAAGAAUAGGUCUAUUCACGAAGGUUUGAGACAUCAGAUUAUAUUCCUUUUAAGGUCUGAGAUUCAAAUCCUGCUCGACAGAGACAAUUUGCUCUGAUUGAGACUCAUUCUCUUAGAUUAGUCGGGAUAUCAAGUUUUGAAAGGCAGCUCUAAUCCAUUUGACAUAUAGAAACAAUUUAGGUACUGUCUGCUACAUGUCCCCACAUCCACGUGACUCUGUUUUCUCAAACUCUAUUUCUCUUUUCCACACUCCUCAUUCUUCAACCAUAAAUAAAACCCUCUCUCAUUCAACAAUCACCACACACAAUCAUUCAACACAUUCAAAAGUUUCUAUUUACAAGAGAGAGAAAAGAAACACAAAAACACAACAAUGGCCAUAAGAAAAUCCAACAAGCUACCUCAACCUGAAGUUAUUAUCAAGCAAAUUCUUAAAAGAUGUUCAAGUUUCGGCAAGAAACAGGGUUACAAUCAAGAGGGUCAUCCUGAAGAUGUACCAAAAGGUCACUUUGUUGUUUAUGUUGGAGAAAACAGAACAAGAUAUGUUGUUCCAAUUUCAUGGUUGCCUCAUCCACAGUUUCAGUGUUUGCUUCAAAUAGCUGAGGAAGAAUUCGGAUUCAAUCAUGACAUGGGACUUACAAUUCCUUGUGAUGAAGUUGUUUUUGAGUAUCUUACUUCAUUGAUCACAUAGAAAAAUAUGGUUUUAAACUGCGGUCUUCAAACAAUAUAUAAUUUUGGGGUUUUUGCGAAAGGUUGCAAUUUAACUGCGACUGCGACCCCAACCGCGACGACUCCUUAAAACCAUGAUAUGAAGGAAGGGUUUGAGUUUGACACAUUUGAUCAUAGUGAGGUUUAUCUAUCUAAAUCCCUUUGGCAAGUGAUGGUUUCUGAGUUUGACCAAGGAAAUGUUAACACUUCUACUUUUUUUUUCAAUUGUAAAAUAUACAUAUAUGCUAAAUGAAAAUUUCAUUGGCAGUGACAUUUGUAUUCUUAAUGAGUGAAGAUUUGUUCCAAUGUUACAAAAUUGUUCUGUUU